ACUCCCUUUUCUCGGAGGAGCCAGUCUGCCUACAGCCCAGACCCGCCAGGAUGCUGCGGGUGGUCCUGUUUGCCCUAGCGGUGCUCAGAGCCAGACCAGGCCUGCUGAGCGAGGCUGCGGCUUUGACUGAAAUCCACCGUGCGGGCUACUGCUCCUUCUACGACGACUGUGGCCGGAAUCCUGAAGUUGGUCCCGGACUCAUCCCACCCAAAGUGCCUUGCCUUUCUAACACCCCAGCCCGACUGGUCCACGGCUCCCACCUCCGCCUCCUCAAGAGCAUCUGCCCAAUGCUGUUCAAGGGUGCCAACAGCACCCAUGCCUGCUGCUCACAGAGGCAGUUACAGGUCUUGGACACCAGCCUCUCACUGACCCGGGUCAUGCUGUCUCGCUGCCCGGCCUGCAUGGAGAACUUUGCCAACUUCCACUGCCAGAACAUCUGCAGCCCAGACCAGAGCCUGUUUACCAACGUAACCCGGUACUUCAACCGCACUGUCCUGGGAGGCCUGCAGGUGGGUGUGCUGGAGUUUCAGUGUUACUACAACCAGCGCUUUUCUGAGGAAAUCUAUCAGUCGUGCAAGGGGGUCAGGCUGCCCGCCACCGGAGACUAUGUCCUGAGUGCCAUGUGUGGCAAGUAUGGGGCGGCUGCAUGCAACACCCAGCGAUGGCUAGAUUUCCAAGGUGACCCAAGAAAUGGGUUGGCCCCCUUGGCUAUUUCCUUCCAACUAAAACCGGGGGACUGGGCUGCUGAGGGGGGAGACAUUUUGCCACUCAAUGGAACAACCUGGAAGUGUAGUGAGGCUGUAAACAAUGGAUCAAAGUGCUCCUGCCCAGACUGCGAACAGUCCUGUGCUGUCAUCCAGCCUCCUCACUCUGAAUCUCAGCCCUUCCAAGUGGGGAACAUGGAUGGAGUCCUGUUUGUCUGCAUCCUUUUCUUUUGUAUCCUCACACUAUCAUUUAUAUCCUUCCUAUUGUGGCAAAGAUACUCCUCAUCUGAGAAGCAAAAGGAUCACAGCACGAAGGAGACAGCAAUUAAGUUGACUGGCUCUGAGAAGGUGAGUCAGGCCAUGUAUGGUUUCUUAGUUAGGGCCUUCAGCAGCUGGGGCACACUGGUGGCCUCUAAUCCCAUCACAGUCAUUAUCACUUCACUAGCAAUUGUGGUAGGACUCUCCAGUGGAAUCAUCUGGAUACAACUAACCACAGACCCUUUGGAGCUCUGGGCCUUUCCUGACAGUCAGGCCCGCCAGGAGAAAGUCCUCUAUGAGAAGAACUUUGGGCCCUUCUUCAGGACCAACCAAGUCAUCCUGACAGCCAAGAACCAUUCAAGCCACAUUUACGAUUCUAUUUUUUGGGGCAAGAAGAACUUUAGUGGGGUCCUCUCUAAAGAGGUGCUGUUGGACCUGAUGGGCCUGCAGAUAAAACUGCAAGACUUGUUGAUCUGGUCUGAAAAGCAUGGUAGAAACAUCACCUUGAAAGACAUUUGCUACGCACCUCUGAAUCCCCAGAAUGCCAGCCUCUCUGACUGUUGUGUUAACAGUCUGUUGCAGUUCUUCCAGAACAAUCGUACCCUCCUUGAGUUGACAGCCAACCAGACUGUGGAUGGGGAGAAUGGCACAGUAGACUGGAGAGACCACUUCCUUUACUGCAUCAACUCCCCAGCCUCCUUCCAAGACCUCACGGCACUGAAGCUGAGCUGCAUGGCGGACUAUGGAGCCCCCGUGUUCCCCUUCCUGGCUGUGGGUGGUUAUUCAGGGCUGGAGUACUCCGAAGCACAAGCUCUCAUCCUCACCUUCUCCUUGAACAACUUUCUCUCCAGUGACCCACGUUUCGACUUUGUGAUGUUGUGGGAGAAGCAUUUCCUGAAGGUUGUGCAGGAAUUCCAGAAGGAACAUGCUGAGAAAUACGCCAUUGCCUACAUGGCUGAGCGCUCCUUGGAGGAUGAAGUUAGCAGGACCACGUGGGAAGACCUCCCCGUCUUCGCUGCCAGCUACUUGGUGAUCUUCUUGUACAUCACCGUCGCCCUAGGAGAGUACUCCAGCUGCAGGCAUCUCCUGGUGGACACCAAGGUGACCCUCGCUCUGGGUGGGACUGUCGUGGUCCUGGGGGCCGUGCUGUCCUCUUUGGGCUUCUACAGCUUUGUGGGAUUGCCCUCGUCCCUCAUCAUCAUUGAAGUGGUGCCUUUUCUGGUGUUGGCGGUUGGUGCCGAUAACAUCUUCAUCUUUGUGUUGGAAUACCAGCAAUCCCAGCCAGGGCCUGGGGAAGCCCUGGAGCAGCACCUUGGGCGCAUUUUGGGCAAUGUUGCCCCCAGCAUGCUCCUGUGCAGUCUCUCCGAAGUUGUCUGUUUCUUCCUGGGGGCCUUGACGCCCAUGCCGGCGGUCCAGACCUUCGCCCUCUCCGCAGCCCUGGCGGUGCUCUUCGCCUUCCUGCUCCAGACGUCGCUGUUCGUGGCGCUGCUGUCCCUGGACGUCCGCAGGCAGAAGGCUUCCCGCGCGGAUCUCUGCUGCUGCCUCCGCUUGGCCGAACGCGGCCCGGUGAAGCCGCGUGAAGGGCUCCUGCGCACAUUCAUGCGCCAGUUCUACGCGCCGGCGUUGCUCGGCAGCAGCGUCGUCCGGGCGCUGGUGGUGCUGCUCUUCGCCGCCCUCUUCUGCGCCGGGAUCUUCCUGACAUUCCACGUCGAGGUGGGGCUGGAGCAGGAAUUGGCGGUGCCCCAGGACUCCUACCUGCUGCGGUACUUCCAGUACCUCGGCCAGUAUUUCAUGGUGGGUGCCCCAACCUACUUCGUCACCACUGCUGGCUACAACUUCUCCACGGUGCCUGGAAUGAACAGCAUCUGUUCCAGCUCAGGCUGUAAUAAUGACUCGAUGAUGCAGAAGAUCCAGUCUGCCACACGGUUCCCUGAGAGGUCCUUCCUGGCCAUUCCUGCUUCUUCCUGGGUGGACGACUUCAUCGACUGGUUGAACCCCUUAUCCAGGUGUUGCCGCAUUCACCGUAAUGGCCCCGAGGAGGGCAAGUUCUGCCCCUCAACUAACCCUUCCCUUUCCUGCCUGUGGAACAAAUGCAUGGGCAACUCCAGUGGCCCCAUCCGGCCAAAUCCAGAAGAGUUCAACAGAUUUCUGCCCUGGUUCCUCCAUGACAUCCCCAACCUGAAAUGUCCCAAGGGGGGCCUUGGUGCUUAUGACUCAUCUGUGCGGCUGGGGUCUGAUGGGCAGAUCUUGGCGUCCCGGUUCAUGGCCUACCACACCCCGCUGAAGACCUCUCAGCAGCACACGGCAGCGCUGAAGGCAAUGCGGGAGCUGGCAGCUGACAUUACGACUACUCUGAGGAAAGUCCCUGGCACCGACCCAAACUUCCAGGUCUUCCCCUACACAAUCACCUAUGUGUUUUAUGAGCAGUACCUGACUAUCACUGCUGUGGGCAUCAUCAACCUGGCCCUUUGCCUGGUGCCCACCUUUGCCGUGUGUUACAUCCUCCUGGGCAUGGACCUGCGCUCGGCCUUCAUUAAUCUGCUUACCAUUGUCAUGAUCAUAGUGGACACUGUGGGUAUCAUGGCUCUUUGGGGAAUCUCCUACAACGCUGUCUCACUCAUCAACUUGGUCACGGCGGUGGGCAUCUCUGUGGAGUUUGUCUCCCACGUCACCCACUCAUUCGCUGUCAGCACAAGACCCACCAAACUGGAACGCUCCAGAGAAGCCACAAUCAACAUGGGAAGUGCGGUGUUUGCUGGCGUGGCAAUGACUAACUUGCCAGGCAUCGUGGUCCUGGCAUUUGCCAAGGCCCAACUGAUCCAGCUCUUCUUCUUCCGCCUGAACCUCGUCAUCACACUCUUAGGAACGCUGCAUGGUCUGGUUUUCCUGCCUGUCAUCCUCAGCUACUUUGGGCCUGCUGUCCGUCAAGCAACGGCGCAGCUGCAGCCAAGAACAGAAAACUCAUCCAUCCCUUUGGAAGGCAAAGAGGUUCAUAGCAUGGACCAGACCUCUCUGAAUCACAGCCAGUUUCCAGUCCCAAGUUGUGACCCAGGCAGAGCUGGCAUCUAGAGGUCUCCAUGUCUGUCUACAGGAGAGGAACUUUGGCCAGAAGCUGGCCCAGUCAGCCAGCCACCCCGAGUAGAACGAGGCAGCUGAAGUAAGGAGAGACACAGGUCCUGCUGCCUUUCAUUGCAGCAUGUGGGGAGCUGGUUUCACAUAUCCUGCUCAGCCAUUAGGUGACUUGCUUAUUUGUGGUUUAGAGUGCUGUGCUAUCCCAGCCAAUUGUGUGACUUCAUCAACAAUUCCUGGUUAAAGCAAAACAAGACUUAGUGAGAUGCAAUACAGUCAGCAGUGAGUUCACACAUUGUGCUAAGCCAUGGUUUAACAGUGGGUUACUUAAUAAACUACAAUUCAUUGGGUUCACAACAUGCUAAGCCA